UCGGAGGGACGCCGGAAGUGAAAAAGAGCUGCGUCGAGACGGAAUUAGCGCCUGGGUAAGCGCUAGUCAUGAGUAAAUAAGUUAAACUGUAUGUAAAACGUGCGGGGAGCGAAAUAAAAAUGGCUCAGGAGAAGAAAGCGGGGCUGUUGAAAAGGACGUCGUCGUCUAAAAAGCCGCUGAAGGAAAAAGUGGUGCUGAUGUACGACGAGAUAUUCACGAAAGCCGACCCAGCCAAGGCGAACCCUCGCUUCUGGGACGAGCUCUUUUUGAUGAAGGUGAACCUGGAGUAUCUGGAAAACAAGCUCGAGGCCCUGGAUGGAGACGAAGUAAUGAUGAUUAAGGAUAACAUGAACAGCCUGUUCCAUCACUGCGUCCAGGCUCUGGAAGAAGACCACCAGAUUAAAGUAGUCAACGCGCUGCAGACUCUGUGUGCGCUCUUCAGAGGGGUGCAUCAGAAAAACAAAUCAGCCUCGGGCUUCGACAUCAUUAAUAUGCUGGUGGGAUUCGACAAAGCCGAGGUCAGGAUGAAGGACCUCAUGGAGAGCCUGGACAGCUUGCUCUGUGGAGACGGCUCGGAGAGCCUGAAGAGCCUGUGCCUAAAGUUGUUACUCUGUCUGGUUACGGUGACGGACAACAUCAGUCAGAAUACCAUCCUGGAAUACGUCAUGAUCAACAGCAUAUUUGAGGCCAUUUUGCAGAUCUUGUCGGAUGUUUCGAGCAGAGCGCAGCACGGCUACGACACCGUGGUGCUCUUGGCUCUCUUGGUGAACUACAGGAAGUAUGAAUCGGUGAAUCCCUACAUCGUGAAGUUAUCCAUAGUGGACGAUGAGCCAACUCUGGCUGGAAUGGGUAUGGUGAUCCAACAGGCUCUUACGGAAUACAACAGGCAGUACAAGGAUAAAGAGGAGGACAACCACGGAGGGUUUUUUUCCACGCUGACCAGCAUGGUAGGCAGUAUGUUCAUCGCUGACGCAGACGAGAAGCUGUCGGUGCAGACCAAUGAAGCCAUCCUGCUCGCUCUCUACGAGGCAGUUCAUCUGAACAGGAACUUCAUCACGGUUCUCGCACAAAGUCAUCCAGAGAUUGACAUCGCGACGUCGCCACUCACGCCCACCCCGACUACACCUACGACCCCGCUUGGUACCACCCCUCCUUCAUUAGACGUGAUGCACAACGCUGAGCUGCCGCUCGACCCCAACCUUCAAACGAGCAACCUGCUCAUCACGUUUCUCAAAUAUUCCUCCAUCAUCAUGCAAGACACCAAAGACGAACACCGACUCAACAGCGCCCGACUGUGCCUCAUCAUCCUCACGUGCAUAGCCGAGGACCAGUACGCCGACGCCUUCCUCCACGACGACAACAUGAACUUUCGCGUCAACUUGCACCGGAUGCCGAUGAGGCACAGAAAGAAAGCGGCGGACAAGAGCAUCCCGUCCCGACCCCUCGCGUGCGCCGUCUUGGAUCUGAUGGUCGAGUUCAUCAUCACUCACAUGAUGAAGGACUUUCCUAUGGACCUCUACAUGCGCUGCGUGCAGAUCAUUCACAAGCUCAUCUGCUAUCAGAAGAAGUGCAGGAUUCGUCUACACUACACAUGGCGGGAACUCUGGUCGGCCCUCAUUAACUUGCUGAAGUUCCUGCUGUCGAACGAAACCAGCUUGUUGUCCAAACACAACAUCUUCCACUUGGCUUUACAAGUCGUCCAUCUCUUCAACAUGUUCAUCACGUACGGCGACACGUUCCUGCCGACCCCGAGCAGCUACGACGAGCUGUAUUACGAGAUCAUACGCAUGCACCAGGUGUUCGAUAACCUUUACUGCAUGGUGCUCAGGGUCUCCGCUAACGUCGGCCAGUGGAAGGAACCAGCCAGCAAAGUCACCCACGCGCUGGUUAACGUCCGAGCCAUCAUCAACCAUUUCAACCCGAAGAUCGAGUCCUAUGCCGCUGUGAACCACAUCUCCCAGCUUUCGGAAGACCAGGUGCUGGAAGUGGUACGCUCCAACUACGACACGCUGACUCUGAAGCUGCAGGAUGGUUUGGACCAGUUCGAGCGCUAUUCAGAGCAGCCCAAAGAAACGGCAUUCUUCAAGGAGUUGGUGCGCUCCAUCAGUCUGAACGUGAGGAAGAACGUUUCUCCCAACACUCUGAGUCAGGAUGUUCUUUUGAAGGAGUUCUCUUCUAUAUCUUGAGAUCUUGACACAACCACACGUUAACCGUAACUAAGGGGGGAAACAAUCGUCAUCGUUGUCUAUGUCCCCCAUGUCCAAGUGUUGCUGGAAAUCACACCUUGCUUAACACCCAGCGCUGAAAGUGUUUGCAAUUAUAUUGAUUAUACUCCUUUUUCUUCUCCAGUAUAAGGUUUUUUUGGUUGUUGUUUUUACAGAGCAUUCAUCUGCCUUCUGUUUUUCCAAAAGUGUAUUCGAUUCCGAUUAAAUCAGUGUAAUACGACAUGAUGCUUGAUCCUGCUGUGAUUAUUAUUAUUAUUAUUAUUAUUAUUAUUAUUAUUAUUAUUAUUAUUAUUAUUUUCAUUUUAUCGAUAUAUAUGAAUUUUCUAAAUGUUAACAAAACAGAUGAAUCAUCUUGAAUUAAUACCCAGAGUGCAUUAGUGAAUUUUCAACUAAUAUAUUUCGCUAAUAUUCUUAAAGGUAGUUCACUGUUGUCUAGGUAUUACAUUUAAAAGAUGUUAAGUUUGAUUGCUACAGAAUCCGAGCAAAGUUUUACAUGUAUGUAUAGGUAUAUACCGACACCCACACCACCUACACCUGCUAUCCCGCUUGGUACCUUCUCUGGAUGUGAUGCGCGACCAUCAACACCGACCAGCAACUUGUUCUCCAAGUCGAGCAAGACGCCAUCGUCCUUGUACGUAUACCCGAGUCCUGCUACGCCGCCACCGACGACGACGUGAUCGUGACUCCAAUCAUGAAGGACUUUUGUUCCCCUCAGGAUCUAGCUGAUGUCCUGUGAGAUGAAAUGCAGAAUUGGGCUUAACUAUACUCCGAGAGGACUCGGAUCAGUACUCGUUAACUUGCUUGUUGGCUAAACACGUCUUUCACUUGGCUCUACCGGUUGUCCACGUAUGGAGACGCAUUCUUGCCCAAUCUGAGCAGAUCUGAUGACCUGUAUUACGAGACCAGGUGAUCAGAAUCCCUGCCAAUGAGUAAAUGCUGAUGCGAUCGAUAACGUCCGAGGCAUCGUUUACCGUUUCAACUCCGAGACUGAAUCCUAUUCGGAGCAGCCAAGGAGUGGAUUUGAGACAGGUUGUUCUUUUCGAUGAAUUCAGCAGUAGGUCCUGAGACGACUGUCCAUAGGGCGUAACCAUCACGGCAAAAACGUCAAUCGUCAAUCAUGUAGCUGCUGAUUUUCAGGUGCAGUUCUUCUUGGAUUCAUGGUUUAACACCCAACCUGAAUGUGUUUGCAGAUCUUCAGUAUAUCUAUUUGUUUUGUUUUGUUUUAUGGAGCAUUUAUUGCUUUUCUGUUGCUGGUGGUGUGUGUUAUUUUCUCCAUCUUUGACUAUGUUCAUGACAAAUCAUGUUUUUGGUGUCCUGCUGAACUGCUUGACUUUAUCUCGAUAUCGAAAACGUUGACAGACUUGAUUUAAUAUACAGAGUGCAUUAGUGAACCAGCAAACAAUUUCUGACAAUAUUUAAAUUGAAUUAAUUAUUAUAUUUUUCGCGGGGAUAAAUCUUUAGUUCAGAUCAUCAGUGUUUCCAGGCAUAAUGUUUCAAAUGGUUUGAAUUUUAUUAUUAUUAAUAUUUUUUUUAUUGAAGGAAAGGAAUAUUGAAAUUUUUACAUAACGGUCAAAACCCAUUAAAGAAAUGAAUCACAUUUACGUAGCGAUUGGUUUAAAAUGUGCACGGCGAGCUGCUGUUAUGACCCUUGACGUGUUGUAUUUGCAUUGUUACUACUCGUAAUGUUCACACGCACGAUGUGCUCGUUUCAUUACUGACAUCACUAGAUUGUCAUAGAAAAGAAAUGAAAUAAAAAACUUAAACAGAAAGAAAA